UCCUUGGAACGUUCGGAAGAUAACUUUUUGUGUUCCUUUGGAACUUUGUGUAGCAAUUUCGGGAGCAGCGAUGGCGCCUGAGCGCGGAAGUGAUGGGCGCUCGCAGCCCGGCGGCAGCGCUACCGAGGGGCUGCCUCAGGCUUUCUUGCACAGCCUGCGGACCCUCUUCGACAUCUUGGACGACCGCCGUCGAGGCUACGUGCACUUGCGGGAGAUCGAGUCCCGGUGGCUGCAGCAAGGGAGCGAAGCUAGGGAGUUGCCCCGGGGCGUCUUGGAAGGGCUGCGCCGAGCCGCCCCGGCCAGCGGCUACCUCACCUUUGAGCGGUUCGUGUUGGGCUUGAGAUCCUCGCUCCUCAGCCCAGACAAAGGAGGCACCUCACCGGGCCCCGCAAACAAAGGCCCCGGGGCCGGGCGCCCCGCCGCCCCUGCUCCGAAAAUCAGAGGAGAAUCGGAGAGGGGGUCCGGACGGGGCGCCGGCGGGUGCGCUUCUCGUUCCCAGGAGAAGGUCGCCAGCACGCCGGCGGAAUGCAAGAGAGCAGCAACGAAAGGUGGCAGUGGUGGUAUCCGAAAGCUGGCAGGACAGGCUCAGUACGAGAGCACCUCCAAGCUGGCAGCGGAAGUACGGAGGCAGCCAAGAGGCCGCGUUGAGCACAGAAGACACACCAUCACCAACGGUGUGGACUACAGCAUGCUGAAGCAGAUGAAGGAGCUGGAGAAGGAGAAGGACUUACUGCUGCAGGGGCUGGAGCUGGUGGAGAAAGUGCGCGAGUGGUACCACCAGCAGAUGCACGCUCUCCAGGAGCACCAGAAGCACCUGGGUAGCGGCAGAGCUCACAGCGACUUGUUCACAGAGGGCACUGUGAGCCACCAUCUCGUGCCCAAACUGCAAGCGCUGAACCACUACCUCAGUGAGCUAUUGUGUCUCUCAGCAAAGCCACUGAACCCCAGUUUUGCAAUGGGCCAUGCUGCACCCUCUGCGCUCACGACCUCCCCUCCUCUCGUCGGAUCUCAGCAGGCCUUCAACAUGUUGAAGGAGCAGAACCGUCUACUCACCAUGGAGGUGACAGACAAAAGCGAGCGGAUCACCCAGCUGGAGCAGGAGAAGUCUGCUCUGAUCAAGCAGCUGUUUGAAGCACGUGCCCAGAGCCACCAGGAAAGCAACCAGCUGGACUCCACCUUCAUCUAAGACCAUCUCUGGACAUUGUACAGGGCUGCAGGGAGCCA